AUGGCCGCUCAGAUUGGUGAGCUGUCCAAACUUCAAGUCAACAAUACUCAAAAGCAAAUCAAUUCUAAUGCCGAAACUGCAAAGAGGCUCCAAGACGAAGAGAGGGAAAGGGAACGGUUAAGGAAGGAGAUUGAGGAAAAAGGUCUUGCGCUUGCCAAACAAUGCGAUAAGGAAGAACAGGCUGCUCUGCAAGAAUCCACACUGGCUCAACACUCGCACUCUAUGAAGACAAGAAAUAAGAACAAGCGCAAAGCGGUUGCACAGGUGAUGAAGUUGGCAGAACAAAACAGUCGAAGAGAGAUUGAACCGGUCGGUCUAAACGCGCAACCUCUUGACGAAGAAGAAGAAGAAGAGGACCUCGAAGCACUCAACCGGCGUAAGAAGAAAGUAGUCGAAAUUUCAACCGCAACCCCAAGUUCAAGACCGAUUAUUGCUCAAACGUCUCGCCCACAAAAACCAGCCUGUGGCGGUUUUGGAUUCGGAAAAUGA